CCUGAUGUUAUACUCUGAGAGAAUACAAUUAGCCCAAUGGACCCCACAGGCCCAUUUAGCUAGACCAUGGGCCACAAUAUUCUUCGACCAGUGAUUCGUUUUGCCUCUCGCCUAGCACAAUUGCUGAGGCCCACUUGAAUACUCUCUCAGUCUCUCCACCGCCUCCGCCGCUUGAAUGGACCACCAGUUCUUGGUUCUCUACUGCAGCAACAGUAUUCUCAGAAGCUCCUUCGACGAUAACCUUCCGAGCUCCAUGUGCCAUAGCUUCUUCGACUGCAAGAUGAGUCGCCAUGGUUGGAUCGAUUACCGUACUCACCUCCGCACUCGCAAAAAGCACAAUCUCCAUUGUGAUUUCUGCCUACCAUUGCAACGGACGAAAAAUCCUGCCGCACUGCAACAUCCUAGUUUUCUUGCUUGUGAGAUUUCUGGUGAGAAAUUCAAAGCCCCUGUGAUUGAGCCUCCAGAGGACAUCAAAGAACUCUUUGAGAAGUACUCGGAGAAUGGCACAAUGAGCCUUGAUAAUCUACUCAGGUAUCUGAUUGAGUCUCAAGGGGAACAAAAUGCAACCAAAGAUGAUGCUCAAGCUAUCAUCCAUAGCGUUAGACAUCUCAACAUUAUCCCAAGAGGCCUCCAUCUCGAAGCCUUCUUUCGGUAUCUUCUUGGUGAUAUUAAUUCCCCCCUACCUCCGCCUCAGGUGUGCAAUGACAUGAAUGCUCCACUGGCUCAUUAUUUCUUGUUCACAGGCCACAACUCCUACUUGACUGGGAACCAACUGAGUAGUUCUAGCAGUGUGGUGCCAAUUAUAAAGGCUCUUAGGAGAGGUGUAAGAGUUAUUGAAUUGGAUUUGUGGCCGAAUUCUGCAAAAAAUAAUGUGUUGGUUACCCAUGGAGGGACAUUGACUUCUUCUGUUAAACUCUUAAAAUGCUUGCGAGCAAUCAAAGAUAAUGCCUUUUAUGCUUCCGAAUACCCAGUUGUGAUAACAUUUGAAGAUCACUUAACUCCGAAUCUUCAAGCUAAGGUGGCUAAGAUGGUCAAUGGAACAUUUGGGGACAUGUUGUUUGUUCCUCAAUCAGACAAGUUGGAAGAAUUUCCAUCACCUGAAUAUUUGAAGAAAAAGGUCAUGAUUUCAACUAAGCCUCCAAAAGAGUACCUGGAGACUCAGACACGUGAGGAAAAAGAGACUUCUGAGAAGUCAAAAAAAUCAUCAAAGAAGACGAAUUCUGAAAUUAAACCUGAAACCAAUGAAAAGCAGGAUCAGUUAAACGAAGAAGAACACCUUGAGGAGGAAGAUGAGGACAAGACGGCUCCUGAAUACAGGCAUUUAAUAGCAAUUCAUGCUGCGAAAGUGAAAGGUGCAGUUGAAGAUUGUCUGACCAUCGAUCCUAAAAAAGCUAGACGCCUAAGCUUGAGUGAGCAAGAGCUUGAAGAUGCUACCAAGAUGCAUGGAAGUGAUAUUGUGAGGUUUACACAGCAGAAUUUUCUGAGGGUAUAUCCUAAGGGUACGCGCAUUUCCUCAUCUAAUUACAAUCCUUUUGUUGCGUGGAUGCAUGGAGCUCAGAUGGUUGCAUUCAAUAUGCAGGGAUAUGGAAAGUACUUGUGGAUUAUGCAAGGAAUGUUUAGAGCCAAUGGUGGUUGUGGUUAUGUGAAAAAACCAGAUUUUUUGUUGUAUGUUAGCCCAUUCAAUGCAGUCUUUGAUACUGAUAUGAUUCUACCAGUGAAGAAAAUCUUGAAGGUAAAAGUCUACAUGGGAGAAGGAUGGGAUUUGGAAUUCGGCCGCACACACUUCGAUCUAUAUUCCCCUCCAGACUUCUUUGUAAAAAUUGGCAUUGCCGGUGCUCCGGCAGAUAAAGUUAUGAAUAAAACAAAAGCGAUUGAGGAUCAGUGGAAACCGGUGUGGAAUGAGGAGUUUGAGUUCCCUCUAAGAGUUCCAGAACUGGCAAUCCUUCGAAUUGAAGUUCGCGAGUAUGACACAUCAGGAAACCAUGACUUUGGAGGCCAAACUUGUUUGCCAGUAUCAGAGUUGAGAACUGGAAUUCGAGCAGUUCCGUUACACAACCGCAAAGGGGAUAGGUACAAGAGUGUAAGACUGCUUAUGGGUUUUGAGUUUCUUUUGGAAACACAAUAGGCUUUCAUAGAUUGGAUUGUACUCUAGCUAUUAAUGAAAGAUCCAACUCCAAAAUGCAUGUUUAUAGAUACGCAAGAAAGCUGUUAUUCAUUAGAAAGCAGUCUCUCAAGAAUUUGAGUUG